AUGAAUUUCAAACUUUGUUUAUUGAUCUUGGUCGUUUAUAAGGGCACUGAAGCUGUUAAACUGCUCGAAGCGAAUCCUGAUGUAAAACGCCUUUACGAUGAUCUACUUAGCAACUACAAUCGGUUGAUUCGACCCGUCACUAAUGUCAGUGACAUAUUGACAGUGAGGCUUGGGCUGAAGCUUUCGCAGCUGAUGGAAGUUAACCUGAAAAAUCAGGUCAUGACUACUAACCUUUGGGUGGAGCAGAAAUGGUUUGACUAUAAAUUGCAAUGGAACCCAGACGACUACGGAGGAGUGGAAAUGCUGUACGUACCGUCGGAGCACAUUUGGUUGCCCGACAUCGUGCUCUACAACAACUGGGAUGGUAAUUAUGAAGUAACUUUAAUGACCAAAGCAACCUUGAAGUACACCGGCGAAGUGAACUGGAAGCCGCCAGCGAUCUACAAAUCGUCCUGCGAGAUCAACGUCGAAUACUUUCCAUUUGAUGAACAAACAUGCUUCAUGAAGUUUGGUUCUUGGACCUAUAAUGGAGCUCAGGUUGACCUUAAACAUAUGGACCAGUCUUCCGGAAGCAGUCUAGUUCACGUCGGUAUUGAUCUAAGCGAGUUUUAUUUGUCAGUCGAGUGGGAUAUACUUGAAGUACCGGCCACGAGGAACGAAGAGUACUACCCUUGUUGCCCCGAGCCUUUUUCUGACAUAACAUUCAAACUGACGAUGCGCAGAAAAACAUUAUUCUAUACCGUCAACCUGAUUAUACCCUGUGUGGGUUUGACGUUUUUGACCGUCUUAGUUUUCUAUCUACCCUCGGAUUCGGGUGAGAAGAUUUCGCUCUGCAUCUCCAUCCUGGUGUCCCUCACUGUGUUCUUCCUCGGUUUGGCCGAGAUCAUCCCGCCAACAUCCCUGGCAAUCCCAUUGCUCGGGAAAUAUCUUCUAUUCACCAUGAUACUCGUCUCGCUCAGCGUAUUGGUCACUGUGUGCAUAGUAAACGUGCAUUUCAGGUCUCCGUCAACGCACACAAUGUCGCCGUGGAUGAAGAAGUUAUUUCUUCAGCUGAUGCCCAAACUCUUGAUGAUGAGGAGGACGAAGUACUCGCUUCCAGACUACGAUGACACGUUCGUAUCUAAUGGAUACACCAACGAAUUAGAAAUGAGUCGAGAUAGUUUGACUGACGCUUUCGGAGAUUCGAAAUGUGACAACGGAGAUUACCGCAAGUCCCCUGCUCCUGAAGACGACAUGAUGGGAGCCAGCGCUCACCAGAGACCUUCAGUAACCGAAUCUGAGAAUAUGCUGCCUCGCCAUUUGUCGCCUGAAGUCGCUGCUGCCCUAAAGAGUGUGAGAUUCAUCGCUCAACACAUUAAAGAUGCUGACAAGGAUAAUGAGGUCAUCGAAGAUUGGAAGUUCAUGUCAAUGGUGCUGGACCGCUUCUUUCUCUGGCUGUUCACCAUAGCUUGUUUUGUGGGAACUUUUGGGAUAAUCUUCCAAUCCCCGUCUCUAUACGACACCAGAGUCCCUGUCGAUCAGCAAAUAUCAUCUAUACCGAUGAAGAAAAACAACUUUUUCUAUCCUAAAGACAUUGAAACUAUUGGAAUUAUUAGUUGAAUUCGAACGGAAGAUAUGUAUUUCAGUCUAUUGAUUAAAUAAAAAAGAUGUGUGGUGUCGUGGGACACCCGAUAGGAACGAAGUUCUUUAUUAUAAAAAUAUUAAUUUUAAGUUCUAUUCGAGGU